CUCCGGAGCACGGCGAGGGAGUCUCCCGUACGCGCCGCGGCUCCCGGACCUGGCCCAGAGCAGUCCCCGGAGUGCACCAUGAGCAGCACGCAAUUCAACAAGGGCCCGUCCUACGGCUUGUCCGCGGAGGUCAAGAGCAGGCUUGCCCAGAAGUACGAUCCCCAGAAGGAGGCUGAGCUGCGGAUAUGGAUCGAGAGCAUCACCGGGAAGGAGAUCGGCCCCGAUUUCCAGUCGGGGCUGAAGGAUGGAGUGAUCCUCUGCGAGCUCAUGAACAAGCUGCAGCCAGGCUCAGUGAGGAAGAUCAACCGCUCGGCUCAGACCUGGCACCAGCUGGAGAACCUCUCCAACUUCAUCAAGGCCAUGGUUCAGUACGGCAUGAACCCCGUCGACCUCUUUGAAGCCAACGACUUCUUCGAGACCGGGAACAUGACCCAGGUGCAAGUGUGCCUGCUGGCUCUGGCAGGCAUGGCAAAGACCAAGGGGAUACAAAGCGACGUGGACAUCGGGGUGAAAUACUCAGAGAAACAACAGAGGAACUUCGACGAUGCAAAAAUGAAGGCCGGCCAGUGUGUCAUCGGGCUUCAGAUGGGCACAAACAAGUGUGCCAGCCAGUCUGGCAUGACGGCCUACGGCACCAGGAGACAUCUCUAUGAUCCCAAAAACCAGAUCCUGGCCCCCAUGGACCAUUCCACCAUCAGCCUUCAGAUGGGCACCAACAAGUGUGCUAGCCAGGUGGGCAUGACAGCUCCUGGCACGAGGAGACACAUCUACGACACCAAAAUGGGCACCGAGAAGUGCGACAACACCUCCAUGUCCCUCCAGAUGGGCUCUAACCAGGGAGCCAAUCAGAGCGGCCAGGUCUUCGGCCUGGGCCGACAGAUCUACGAUCCCAAGUACUGUCCCCAGGGCAAUGCCGGUGAUGUGGCCAACGCAGUGUACGACCAGAGCACGGACCCACCGGAGUACCACUACUACCGAGAAGAGGAGGGCUACUGAGCCUUGUGCCCUGCCUGGCCACAAGGCCGCCUCCCCAGGCCAGCUUGUGUACAGAUCUCUGUUGCCGGCAACACUCCAGUAUCUAUAGCCUCUUUUUUUUGUAACUUUUUUUAA